AUGUCUGGAAGAGGAAAAGGAGGAAAGGGUCUUGGCAAAGGAGGUGCCAAGCGUCAUCGAAAGAUUCUUCGUGACAACAUCCAAGGCAUCACCAAGCCAGCCAUUCGCCGAUUGGCUCGUCGUGGAGGAGUAAAGAGAAUCUCUGGUCUCAUUUACGAAGAGACACGAGGUGUUCUCAAGGUUUUCCUCGAGAACGUCAUUCGUGAUGCAGUCACGUACACAGAACAUGCCAAGCGAAAGACUGUCACCGCCAUGGAUGUCGUCUACGCUUUGAAGAGACAAGGCCGAACAUUGUACGGAUUUGGCGGUUAA